AUGGAUGUUACAACAUCAGAUGAUCCGUCGUCAAGGGGCAAUACCCCAGGGGAGACACCUCAAGACCCGGCCUUUGCUUGUCAGACGCCAGCGUUAACAGACUCGUCCUCUGACUUCGACCUGCUCUCAAUUUCCGACCUGUCCGUCAGUGCGUCGCUGGAUCGACGGAAUCCAACGGUCCAAGAGCUCGAGUCCGCCGUUACUUCACGCCGCACCCAGAAGAGGAGGGAGGGACAAGGAAGCGGAAACGCGGGCGAAGAAGACGGAGACGAACCCCCACCGGGCCCUCACCGACGCAAACGAGCCAAGCGCCGCGAUCCCAAUAACCCCCCGGAGAAAAUCCUUGCCUGUCCCUUCUGGAAAGCCGACCCAGUCCUCCACCGCGACUGCUUCUCUAAGAUUCUGACGCGCAUCCGCGACGUCAAGCAGCACCUCGCGCGCAAGCAGAGCCCCAAGUUCUACUGCGAGCGCUGCUCUACCAUCUUCGAGGACGACGAGCAGCGCCGGCAACACGUCGAGGACCCGGCGGGCCUGUUUUGCACCCCUUCGCCGCACCUCGCCGGCCUCACGCACCGGCAGCAGGCGCUGCUGACGCGCAAGUCGAACCCCAAGCUCACCGAGGAGGGCCAGUGGUUCGCCGUGUGGGACAUCGUCUUCCCCGGGCGGCCGCGGCCGCGCUCGGCGUACCUGGAUGCGCGCCACGCCGCGGAGCUGUGGGCGUUCUGCGAGUACUGCCGGGCGCAGGGCCCCGCCGUGCUGGACGAGCAGCUGCGGGUGAUGGUUAACGCGGGCGCGUGGACCGGCCCGGAAGCGCUGGCCGGGGAGGAGCGGCGGGAGAUCCUGGAGUGGGCGCUGGAUCAAGGGCUGGAGUUCUUGUUUGGCGAGUGGAGCCGCUCGUGGGUGGCGGAAACGGGGAAGAGCUCGGCGCCGCUGGCGGACUCGGGCGGGGCAGACGGUGGUGUUGGCCCGGGGGCUCAGCAACCGCGCGGUGGUUCCCCGCCAGGUAUUGGAGGGUCCGGGAGUGGAGAGAGUGUGGAAGAGGGGUCGGCUGGGCUAGAAGAGGUGAUGGAGCACAGCGAGGAACGUAUCCGGGGGCCGAGCCCGGGCAGCAUGGCAGGCUCCGCGGCGGUUGACUCUGACGCUGUUCCAGAUUUGGACUUUUCCGGCUGGCUGUGGGAUAAUAUACCACGGACUGACACUAGUCAAGGUGAAGGGGAACUUAUUGACUUGCGUGCUGGAUUGUAG